AUGUCAGAGAAAUCUAUUGCAGAAGUUAAACAAUUAUCUGAACAAUUAGGUGAUGUUCAUUAUAAUAUUCUACCACUUCGAAAACUUUUAAUUUGUUUAGGAUGUUUAUCAUUAGCUUUAUUUGUAUCAUUUGUUGAUCAAACAGGGUUAACUAUUGCUUUACCUACAAUAGGUAGAGAUUUAAAUAGUGAAUCUACAAUUAAUUGGGCCCCAACUGCUUCAUUAUUAGCAAAUACAGUAUGUCAAGUAAUAUUUGGUAGAUUAUCAGAUAUUUUCGGAAGAAAAAUUAUGUUAAUUUUAUGUUUAUUUGGAUUAUCAAUAGGUGAUUUAAUUUGUGGAUUUGUUAAAACAGGAAUUGAAUUUUUUAUAUUUAGAGCAAUUACUGGAUUAAGUUGUGGUGGGAUACAAAGUUUAUGUAUGGUUAUUUUAAGUGAUGUUGUAAGUUUAAGACAAAGAGGUAAAUACCAAGGUAUAUUAGGUGCCAGUGUUGGAUUGGGUAAUUCAAUUGGUCCUUUUUUAAUGUCAAGUUUUAUUGAAAAUAAUUCAUGGAGAAAUUUUUAUCAUAUGAUGAGUCCAUUGGUAUUCUUAAUUAUGAUUGUUAAUUUAAUAUUUAUUGAUAAUAAACAACAAUCAAAGGAAUUAAAAUCUAUAAUUACAAAAUCUCAACAGUUUAAAAAAUUAGAUUAUUGGGGGAUAUUAUUUGGUUGCUCAAGUAUUAUUUUAUUGUUAAUUCCAAUAAGUGGAGGUGGAUCAACAUAUCCUUGGAAUAGCUCGUUGGUAAUUUCAAUGUUUACCAUUGGUGGAGCAUUAUUUCUUGUAUUUCUACUUGUUGAAUGGAAAAUACCUGAAUUACCCAUGAUUCCAAUGACAUUAUUUACAAGGAUAUCAUUAGCUCUUAUAUUAGGUUCAAAUUUCUUUUUUGGAAUGGCUUAUUAUGGAUUUACAUUUUAUAUUGCUUAUUACUAUCAAAUUGUUAGAGGGUUGGAUUCAAUUCAUUCUUCUAUUUUGAUGUUACCAUUAGUUAUACCACAAUCUGUGGUUUCAGUCAUCUCCGGUCAGAUAAUAAGUUACACUGGUCAUUAUAUUUAUGUUGUUAUAUUUGGAUAUUCAAUAUGGACUUUAUCUUGUGGAUUGACUUUAUUAUUUGAUUUGAAUACAAAUUAUGGAAUUAUAGUGAUUGUGUUGUUACUUAUGGGAAGUGGGGUUGCUUGCACUUUUCAACCAACUAUGGUGGCUGCUCAAAGUCAAGCUAAAAAAUCUGAAAGAGCUGUUGUUAUAAGUUGUAGAAAUGUGAUUAGAUCAUUUGGUGGUGCUAUGGGAUUAGCUAUUGCUUCUUUAAUAAUUAGUAACACUUUAAUUUCUGAAAUUAAUCAUCAACGAUCACAAGGUGUCUUACCAAAUGAUUACUUAAAUUAUAUGCAAAAUCAUAUUUAUUCCAAAAUUGAUACUUCUGUGCUAACUCAUGAUCAAGUUGUGGUGGUUAGACAAAUGUACAUGACAUCAAUUAGGAAUUUUUUCUAUUUAACAAUCCCAUUAUUAGCUAUCUGUUUAAUUACAAACCUAUUUGUCAAAGAUAAAGGUCUACAAUGUAUAGAUGAAGAACCAGAAGAAUAA